CUCAGUACACGGCGCUGCGUGAGGUGAGGUAGACGUGUGUUCCCUGCACCAGGCCGCACACCGCUCUGUUGCUUCACUCCGCCUAUGACUCCGCCACCUGGCUGCCCCGCUCUCUCAUAAACUUUUGGAGACGACUUCUGUGACUCCUUACCUAUUGGUGGGUCUUCCCUCUUCUUGCUCCCAUACACGUUCAAAUGACUAAUAUGGAAAAUGGGAUGAAAUGCGGUAAAUUUCCUGCACUUUUAGGAUCUCAUUAACUGUUUCUCCUCCUGGUGUCCUUUGUGCAGGUGUGUGUGUGUGUGUGUGUGUGUCACAGACUUGGUUUGACUCCUGCUGGCGCCGCUAUAACCUGUCGCCGUGGAUCGUGAGCAGCAUCGAUAACACAGGCGGUGACUUGUCCGCACCCAGCGCCUCUCACAUACUUUCCUUUCUUCCGAUCCAUCCUCCGCACGUAAGAUAUACCUGCAGGGAAGUGCUCCUUAUCCUCGACCUCAUCUUACCUUUACUUCCCGUCGUUUCCGCUUCCUCAAAGGUAAACAGUUCAAUGAAUACUGGACGUGGACAGCGUGAGACACCUGAAGUCGUGAGAUGAGACACGUGAUGAUUCAGUGAAACGAUAACAAUAAAAUAAAUAUGACUACAACUGUUAGAGAAAACACUAUAUUGAUUCAUAACCCUUUUCUAGAUGUAAACUCAUUCAACGCAGUGCUAGAAAAACACCUAUUUUCUUCCACUGAAAAGUUUAACUCGAACAUGUAGCAACCUCACCACGGAGUGAAUUUACGUAACGUCGUGCCGAGUGGUUGUUGUCGUCUUUGACGUUAUCGGGAAGGGAUAAAUAAAAUAAAUAACCAACAGUGACGCUAUAAAAUGACAUCACAAAACGAUAUCCGGCCGUCGUGAUCGUCAUUGCAUCAGACUUACAGGCGAUCGAACUACACACACACAGAGAGAGAGAGAGAGAGAGAGAGGCCAUCUCGACUUCCCCGUCACUCGACCGUUCCGAAGCUCCGUCUCACUGGAGCUUCAAGCGUUCGUCAUAUUUCAUUGCCGCCAGUCAGCCGCGAGAAGUGACGCGAUGCGCUGUGCGGGUGAACUGUGACGCGAAUAAGAAAACACUGACGUGGAAGUACUCCGACGACCUGCCCCUGACGAGGAGGCCGCGGCAGGGAGAGGCAGUCCCCCUCCUCAUUACCAGUCCGUCAGCACACCAACUCACGCCCCAAGGAAGCCCCGGAGUCUGCCGGAGCUUAGCGCGGGCUUGGGCCGUCUCAGACAGCUGCCAGUCUUACCAUCACAGACUCCUUCACCGCCCUCUGCUUCGCCUUCUUCAUCCUGGCCAUGGACCUCCUCGCCCAUGUGAUCUUCAGCAUAGCCGUGUUGACGUUGGCGAGAGGGGUAAGGUUCAUACCCCCGCCCCCCCUCAUCACGGACGAGCCUUACUUCGACUCUUCCAUGUUGGUGAAUCAGACAGCACACGUGGGGAGGCAGGCGGAGCUACACUGUCGCGUCCACUCCAUCGGGAACAGAAUGGUGUCAUGGAUCCGAGGGCGGGACCUGAGGAUCCUGACGGUGGGGCGCUACACCUACACGACAGAUCUUCGCUACGAGGCGCUGCACCAGAACGGAACCAACCAGUGGACUCUGAGGAUCCGGUCAGCCCAGCCACGAGACCAGGGGACCUACGAGUGUCAAGUUAGCACCAAGCCCGUCAAGACCUUCACCACCUACCUGAGGGUACUCGAGCCCCGCGGGGAGAUCCUCGGCGCACCGGACCUCUACGUGCAGAAGGGCAGCAUGAUCAACCUGACGUGUGUGCUGCAGGACCUGCCUGAGCCGCCUCUGUACGUGCGGUGGUACCACAGCAACUUGUUCUACAGCAACCGGGUGAGUUACAGAGGAAAGGGGCGCUGCUACAGGAAGACCUUUCAAGAGGAAUAUCCUUAA